GAGUAUCCUAAUACACGAUGUAAAAACAUUUCCUCAUACGUACGUUUCGAAUUUCUUGGAUCCUUGAAAAGUAGAAUGGCUGAAGAAGUUGCAGCUUUCCUGCUCAAGCUAAUUCAAUUGGAAUAAAAACACAAAAUCUAUCUCGUUGCUCAUGCCUCAUAAGUCAUAACCCACACACACGCAGAGACUCCAUGGCUGCAGAAGUUGCAGCUCUCCUGCUCAAGCAGAAGCUUCAAAAUCUGCGAGAUGACGAAAUAAUCAUCUAUCCAAAGCUCAAACGCAAGAUCAACUCCUCCAUCUUCGCUCUGCAGCAGCUCCUGAGCUCCUCCGACGACACAGACGUCACCAGCUCUCGGGCAUUGCCCUUCAUUUACAGUGCCGAAGACAUUGUCGACACGUACCUCCUGAAAAGAGCACAACAGCGACGCAAAGACUUUAUCGAGACCUGCCCUUCGUUCCAGUACUUGGCUCCUCUAUGGAGCCAAAAGGACUUGGGCAAAGGGUUGAAGAAGUUCUUGAACGAUCUCAAGGCCUUGCAUUCUCACUCUUCUGAGCAGAACAAUCAAGAAAGCAGAAUUCUUAGCAAGACCCGAGAAAAGGAUCGCUGUUUAGUGAAUGCAGGGCGGUUUCAUCGCUGGGAUUUGAUUGCUCAUCUUUUGGACAAGGAAUCAAACAUUGUUGGUCAGAUAUCAGACAUGGACAAGAUGGUCUCUGAGUUGAUGAUUUCUGAGGGCCCACAAGGAGAAGAAGCUUUAAGAGUCGUUUCUGUUGUCGGCUCAGGAGGCUCAGGUAAGACCACGAUGGUGAGUCGUGUUUAUAACAGAGUGGCUGUGAAGAAGCACUUCGAGUGCUGUGCCUGGGUCUGUGUAUCCAAAGAAUUUGUGUACAGGAACGUUGUUAUGAGCAUAAUAGAACAGGUUAGCAUAAAAAGGUUGAAUGAUAUGGACCACAUGAAUGAUGACGUUCUUGGUGAGAUGCUUUUCAGGGAGCUGAUUGAUAAGAGGUACUUGAUUGUUUUGGAUGACGUUUGGGAUGCUGAGGCUUGGCACCGGUUGACAAUUCCUUUUCCGGACUCAAAAAAUGGUAGUAGAGUGAUUAUCACUUCUUGUGAUGAUGAAGUGGCGAAAUUGGCCGAUCCAUGGAACUUCCCAGUGCAUUUGUGCAGGUUGACUAGUGAGGAGAGAUGGGAAUUGCUGUUGAAGCAGAUGAAGGAACAUGAAGGUGCCCUAACUGAGCAAAAGGCCAAGAUCGUGGCAAAGCUCUAUCAUGGUUCACCUCUAGGAAUUGUUCUUCUAGUGGGGAUUCUUUUGAACACAGAACCAAGUGAAUGGUCCAGAAAAAUAGACAAAUUCCCAUCUUCUUGCGAAGACAAAUCGGCCUUGCAAGACAUCUUGAUUUUGAGCUACCAAGAACUACCUCCUGAGUUGAAGGCUUGCUUUCUUUAUUUGGGUAUCUUUCCAAAAGCAUCUGAGGUAUCAGUUCGGAGGUUAUUGUGCUUAUGGCUUUCUGAGGGUUUCCUAGAUGGGAUGCCUGGCGAAGAACAAAAGGAGUGGGAAGAUAAAAACGUGUGCACACUUUUCUAUACGAGGCAAGAUAAAAAGUUGUUAAAUGAUCAAAAUUAG